UUUUAUAUUAUUUUUAUACUAAAAAUGCUUGAUAGCUCUCGCUCUUGAGAGCUCGCUGGACUUGCUCUGGUGAGCACCUGAAACCAACUCCGAUUGAAGAAAGACGCAUAUGGCUCCUCUCGCUCCCAGAUCCGGCGAUGCAGUUCUCGCCAACGUCGAGCGCGUUAACGCGGAGCUGUUCACCCUAACGUACGGAGCGAUGGUGAGGCAGCUGCUGACUGAUAUCGAAGGGGUGGAGGAGGUCAACAAGCAGCUCGAUCAGAUGGGUUAUAGUAUUGGAAUUCAGUUAAUUGAUGAGUUUUUAGCCAAAUCCAAUGUUGCCAGAUGCGUUAACUUUAAGGAGACAACUGACGUGAUUGCAAAGGUGUUGAUGAAAACUGAAGUGACCUGGGUUAGAGAUAUGCUUCAUGGGGAUGAUGCCUAUGCGUUGCGGGUCAAACUUCUGCAGCAAGUCCCUGAAGAGUACCCAUACAAAGACGACGAGUAAAUCCACCCAUAAGAAUCAAAAGCACACGCACAUUUCUUUGUCAUCAUCCUCUUUGAUGCUUUGUUAUCUUGCCUUUCCUCCCGUUAUAAGUUGUUUCUGCUCGUUCGAGGAGGUUCAGAUUGUGUAUAUAAACUUUCUGAGGCUAUGUCAGAACAAUGCAGAAUAGUUAACAUUUAUCGAUUUUUAUAGAAAUGGUUUGAACUGUUCUUUUUC